GCAAACGACAGUCGCGGUAGAAGGGCGGCGCUGCGCUGCGUGGCCGGGAUUAUUGAUGCAGAAAUAAGCCUGUGACAAGACAAUGAAAACAAUGCUUUCCCAGCGUCAAAGAGAGGAAUUGAACAAAGCAAUUGCUGAAUACCUCAGCAGCAAUGGCUAUAUGGAGUCCCUCGAGGCAUUCAAAAGGGAAACAGAUAUGCCUGGAGAGAUCGAAAAGAGAUAUAUUGGGCAUCUUGAGAAAAAAUGGACAGCUGUUUUGAGACUCCAGAAGCGGAACAUGGAGCUGGAGAGUAAGCUGGCCGAUUACGAACGUGAGGUCCUGUCCGGGGCGCCGACCCGCGCCAAACGCUCGCCGGCAGAGUGGAUCCCGCGUCCGCCCGACAAGUACAGCCUGUCCGGACACCGCGCCCCUGUCACCAGGGUGCUGCUGCACCCCGUCUACAGCCUGCUGGUGUCGGCCAGCGAGGACGCCACCAUCAAGGUGUGGGACUACGAGAGCGGCGACUACGAACGCACGCUCAAGGGUCACACGGACAGCGUACAGGACAUCGCCCUGGACCACACGGGCAGCUUUCUGGUGUCGUGCAGUGCCGACAUGUCGGUCAAGCUGUGGAGCUUCAGCGGCCACUACGAGUGCAUCAAGACCAUGCACGGCCACGACCACAACGUGUCGAGCGUGACCUUCCUGCCGGCCGGCGACUUCAUCGUCAGCUCGUCCCGCGACAAGGUCAUCAAAAUGUGGGAAGUGGCCACCGGGUACUGCGUGCGCACGUUCGCGGGCCACCGUGAGUGGGUGCGCAUGGUGCGCGUGCACCCGGACGGCCAGCUGAUGGCGUCUUGCUCCAACGACCAGACGGUCCGCGUGUGGCUCAUCAACACCAAGGAGUGCAAGGUGGAGCUGCGUGAUCACGAGCACGUGGUGGAAUGUGUGGCCUGGGCGCCGCAGUCGGCCUGGCCGCAAAUCAGCGAGGGCGCGGCCGGCGACGAGAAGAAGUCGCCGCACCACGGGCCGCUGCUGGCCUCCGGCAGCCGCGACAAGACCAUCAAGAUCUGGGACGUCGGCUCCGGCCAGUGUCUGUUCACGCUGAUCGGCCACGACAACUGGGUGCGCGGGCUGGUGUUCCACCCGGGCGGACAGUUCCUGCUGUCCGCCUCCGACGACAAGACGGUGCGCGUCUGGAGCCUCAAGGCCAGGCGCUGCCACCGCACGCUCGAGGCGCACCAGCACUUCUGCACGUCGCUAGACAUGCACGCCUCGGCUCCGUUCGUGGUCACGGGCAGCGUCGACCAGACGGUCAAGGUGUGGGAGUGCCGCUAGGCGGCCGG